UUGACCAAUUGCUUGCAGCUGCUGCUUAUUUCACAAAGCGUCCAUCCUUGUUGUGCGCAGAGUGUUUAUGAGAGACUGUACAAUCGGGUUGCCUGGUAAAUAAGUUUGCAAAUAUUUAUCUCCAAGGCUGGGUCUGGCAGGAGUUUCAUCCCAGAAGUCCCCAUGACCUUUCCAAGUGGCCAGGAGCGGAGAUGAUGUGUUUACGGCAUCAGAAAAAGUUCGUCUUGCUCUGCCUGUUUUUGUUCCUCGUGCUUGGGUCCUAUGUGCUUAAUUCGAGGAUGAAGAUUGGGUCCCACCUUAAAGACCAAAGGAUUCCCUCCAAUACCUCCAGCUCCAUGACUGAAAGUGUGCAGCAGAAAACCAAACCUCCAGUGGAGCCCCUAAAGACAACCAAACCUCCAGUGGAGCCCCUAAAGACAACCAAACCUCCAGUGGAACCCCAAAAGACAACCAAACCAGCUAAAUCCACAGAACUAGACUUCUUUGGAGACAAAUACACCACUGAUGAUGUACCACAAACUAGCUGCCCAAGCAGUAUUCAGAAAAAGGUGUUGCACACUGACUUUGGUGAGAGGUUCUUGGCCAAUGUACCAGUUCUGCAGUGGGCAAAGCAUUUGUCCGAGCCAGAAUAUGAGCGGUUACGCCACUAUUAUGGUGCUUACGGGUGGGGCGGUCCUGACUUCAAAGUUCUCCAGAGUGCACUGGGCCUAUUAAACACCACCGCUAAUCGGCGACUGUUUGACGACUGGGAGAAAAGGCAGAACCGGUCCCAGUGUAUCCGGUGUGCCGUGGUAGGAAACGGAGGAAUCCUGAACGGGUCGAAGAAAGGCCACGAGAUUGACCAGAACGACUACGUGUUUAGGACAAAUGGUGCCAUUAUUAAAGGCUUUGAGGAGGAUGUUGGCACACGUACCUCUUUCUAUACCUUCUCCACCAACACCUUGCGCAACUCCUUGAGAAGUUAUGCAGGCUUAGGAUUUAAGGCUCCCCCUAUGAGCAAGGAGACCAAGUACGUUUUCCUUCCUGAUCAUGACCGGGACUAUAUUCUCCUAAGGGCUGCAGUCAUGCACACGGCAAUUGAAACAGGAGCUGAGCGGGGUGUUGAUCCAAAGAACUAUUUUGGAGAUGACACGACUGCAGAGAAGUUUAAGAUGUACCACCCUGACUUUGUCCGUUACCUCAGAAACAGGUUUCUGCAUUCAAAGACACUCAAUACCAAAUACAAAGACAUCUACAGACCAUCCACAGGAGCAGUGAUGCUGCUGGCUGCUCUUCAUACAUGUGAUGAGGUAAACGCCUAUGGAUUUAUGACGCUGGACUACCGAAAUUAUUCGGACCAUUACUACGACAAAAGAUUCCAUCCGGUAGGUUUCUAUGCCAACCAUGACCUGCAGAUGGAGUUGAGACUGUGGCAGCAGCUGCACAAGGAGGGACUGAUAAAGCUCUACAUGCGAUCAUGAAUGCGAUGAGCUCACUCUGACUCGAAUGAAAACGGUAUGAUUGAUCCCUCGCAGGAACUUGGGUGUUGUAUGCUGUGCACACAAACCUCAUGAUGCUUAUGACCUCUGGACUUGGCCUUCCUCUGCUAAUUGGUGUUAAAGCAAUGACUGUCGUCUUUAUUGCCUGUAAAUGUUCAGGAGUUGGGACAAUGCUGGAGUUGUAAUGGCAAUAACCUGUAACUCACUGAUAUGACUGUCAUUAUAAGAUGCCUUAAUGGAAAGCAGAAAUGACGAGUGUUGGCCUGGGGGUGGUGUCUGUCUCCGUCCCUUCAAUGAAGGGAGCACUGUGCAAGGGCUGCUUGUAACAGUCCUGGAAGUUUUAUCAAGCUCAACUGAAGACCAAAGACCAAUCACUAUUUUUCUGAUGUUUAAAACACUUGGGUGCCUAUUGCUCUAAGGUUUUUCUUUUUUUACACAAACAAAUCAUUGGGUCAUGGUGGACUAUGAAGAAUACUUUUGCUACCUCUUAAAUAAAUAAAACUAACAGAACUGAUAUUUGAUAGUGAUGCCUAAGGAGAUUUCCUCAAAUAUAUACCAGUGACUGCUGAAGUUAAUUUAAAACUGAUGGGCAUUUUUGUUUAAAACUGAAGUGGUAUUGUAUAAGUUAAGCUAGUUUUUUUUUUUUUGUUUUUCCCCUGGCUUGUGGUUAUUUUAAUAAAGGGUACAUUUGUUAUUUAGAGGGCUAUUUUUGUCCAAUAAAAAAAAAUCGAGUCCCUCAAUAUAUACAUCUCAGUAAAUAUUCUAGUAACUGACCAUAUAGGAGAUGGGAAAGAAGUUAACUUUUUGAAUCCUACAGCAUUUUGGAAAUGUUCUAUUAAAAUUCAGAAGGGAUCUUCCUAAAUUUAUUUAUUUUUUUUUUAAAUAUUCAUACCCUUUGUCUGAAAUCGCUCCCUACUCACUAUAUAGGGCACUAUACAGUGGGGAUGCCAUUUUAUAGUGCUGUCUGAAACCGUAGUGAGGAUUAUUUACACCCUAUAUAGUGCACUCAAAGUAUCCUACAAUGCAUCAUGAAAAGUAGUGUACAACCAACGGUCACUAACCAAAGCAAUAUAUCCCAUCAUGCAUUGUGGUCACGCUGAAGGAAAUCGAAUCACAAGCCUCAAAUUUGAUUUAAUAAAAGGCAGCGGCAAAGAAGAAAGUAUUCAGCUUUUGAUUUUAAAAGAGCUGAGUGCUGCAGAUACUUUGUAUUGAUUAAUGUGAGAUGUGCUCGGUGUAAUAUGGAUCACAAAAAUACAUGCAUGUAUUUGAUUUUUGGAAAACCCACCAGCCAACUGAUCUGGCACAUUUUUAAUCAUGUGACAAUGACAUAAAUAGGAGCAUGACAGAUUAGUGUCUGAAAGCAUUUUCAUUUUACCAAGAAGCUCACUACAUAAUCCUCUACAUAGUAAUUUCUGAUAGAGGGAGUGGCGAUUGACUUUGGAUACCAGGAUAGAGGCUGAAAUUCAUAAGCAUUAUGAUUUUUAAUUAAAAAAAUGAACAACUCCCAGUCUUGGGACCUCCAUGAGGACACAGCAAAAUUUUUCUAGGUUGUCAUGUUUAAUUUAGGGUGGUUAACCUAUCGUAACCAGUGUUGGGUUUAAUUUAUCUGCUGGAACAUGAUCAGCAUUUGGUUGUUUUUGCUCCUUCGUUAUCACGGGUCUUAGCAAGGAGGUCAAGUGAACAGCUGGGAGAUGGUGAUAACCUUUUUUUUUUUUUUUUUCCCCCUUUCU